AUGAUCGAAAAGAUCUGGAGAAGUAUUGACCCCGAGUUUUUUGUGCUUGUUGAAGACCUGUUGGAAGAUACUAUCAAGAGUGUACAGCCGGAUGUAGUAAAGUUUAUGAAAGUAAAAGACCUCGAUAUUGGUGUACAAGCCCCUAGAAUCCAAUCAAUCCGUGUAUUUCCUUCUCUACCUGGCCAGCCUGACGAAAGCAUCUUUGGAGAAGCAUCUUUUAGUUUCCAUGCACACCCUUCUGCGUCUUUCUCAGGAACUCUUAAUGAUGCCGCCAAGCCACCUGGCAUUAGCAUUCAACUAAAAGCUGGCAUAGACACUCCAAUCACUGUCAGAGCUGAACUGAUGGCCUUUUCGGGAAAAAUACGCUUCAAAGUUCUUACCUCGCCAGAGAUUCCAUUUGUUUCAAAAGUUACAAUUGCGUUUACAAGAAAUCCUAUAAUUGAAACAGGUGUCAUGCCACUGACAAAACAUUUUAAUAUUAUGCAUUUGCCGAUGGUCAAGGCUUUGGUAAACCAGGGUAUCAGUCUCGGGUUUGCCGAAUUUGUUGAUCCAAAGAGUAUGACUCUGGAUAUCCAAGCACUGAUGGGAGCAGAUGCUGUUGAUGUCAGAGCUAUUGGCGUUGUCAAGGUUGAGAUUCGAGAAGCCUCUCGCUUAGGAUCACAGACUAUUCAAGACAUGGAGGACUCUUAUGCAACCCUAUCGUUGAGCAAUCAGCCGAAGAAGACUCUUUCGAGUACACGCGUCCUUACUAACGACAAAGACCCGCGAUGGAAUGAGACACUAUAUGUUCUUGUUAACGAAGAUGAUAUUCUGGCAGAUACCAAGGUAGAUAUUAAGGUGUGGGAUGCCGAUAAGGUCAAAUAUGACGACCUGUGGGGAUCUGUGUCUUUGCCGGUGAAGGACAUCGUCCAAGGCCAGAUCGACAAGCUUGGAAAUGUUUCGCAUUGGUGUAAAGAAGAGCGUGUUGUCUUUGAUGGGUGGGCUCCGAUCGAUGGGAAAUCGGAAGCAAAGUCCAAGAUAAAGCUUAAUUAUAAGCUUAGCUUUCAUCCUAAAUAUACGCUUCCAAAAGCUGAUCUGCUUCACGGCGGCGCCCAGAAAGAUAAUGGCAAGGAGACAAAGCCCGAACAUCAACAACAACAAGAACCAUUGAAUCCUGAUCACAAUAAUGGAAUAUUGAGUAUUCAAAUCCAUCAAGCUGUUGACCUUGAGAUUGGCGAUCCAGAAAUAAUAGCCGCUGACGAAAACAAACAUCCAUACAACCCAAACCAGAUAGUCAGUCCUUAUGCUAUUAUGUACAUCAACGAUAAUAAAGUGUUUAGAACGAGAACAAAGAUGCGUAACCCAAGUCCUCAUUGGAAUGCAGUCUCAGAAAACUUUAUCGCAGACUAUAAGAACGCAACCAUUAGAAUUUCGGUAAAGAACUCGGUUGAUUUGGAACGCGAUCCAGUCAUUGGAACAAAAUGUAUUCCCCUGUCUGACCUGUUUAUUGACCAGAAAGAUACUUUUAAAGGAGUUCAAAAGUGGAUUCCUCUCGAUAAUGGUAUUGGAUUUGGAAAAGUAUUGCUGACAAUCAAGUACAAACCAGUCAAGCUUAGUCUAUCGCGUGAGCUUCAAGGAGCAAACGUUGCAACUUUGGUUGUAGAUUAUGUCAGUCUCACCGAUCUCAAGCCACCAUUUGAUCCUAAAUAUAUCAACAACACCAAGGUUGUCUUGGCUUUAAAUCUCGACCCUGCCAUAAUCAAGAGACUCAAGCCAAAACAUAUGAAGCAGCAGCAGAGCUCUGAUGAAUUGGCAGCUCAAAAUGGAAUGUAUGGAUGGUGGCAUCAGCACCUCUAUUUUCCUCUUUCGAUGCGAUACCGUACUGCGUUAUAUGUUCAUAUUCAUCAAGGUUCUCUUACAGCCACAAAGGCUUCUGGCCGCAUAUGGUUAAAGAAUCUGGUGGAUGAAGAAUGGCAUGAUAUUGUGGUCGGAUUACACCCGUACUGCUCAGAAAAAAGCAAGGAGUCCAAUCGAAAUCAAGAUGAUUGGGGGAUUGAUGGUGAAUUGGGUCAAGUAACUCUAAGAGUUAAAGUGAUUCCUGGGUUCUCUCCAGUGCACACCCAUCUACACUCGUAUAAGAAAGAUAUGGUUGGUGCUGAUCCAUUCCAUGACGACGCUAUCAAAGCAAAGGCCCAACAAUGGAUCCAGGAGCAGAGUGCUGAUAAUAACGACACCACGGCUGACCCAGAACUGAAAGAAGCAGUCCAACAAGAAAGAGAGAAAAAGGAAGAUACCGAAGAAUUGAAAUAUAGUAGAAGGCGUUCUUCGAGUAUGUCAUCAGAGUAUGGAGCUGAAGACGACUCGGAUAUUGGAGACGACGAUUAUAAGUAUAUGCAAGAGAUGCGAAGUAUGUUCAAGUCACCAAAAAUCAGACGCAACAGCGUGAGCCGAAAGUUGGCUUGGUGCACAGACAAAGCAAAGAAUAAAAUGGACUCUAUUCGCGAUGGAUUUAAUUCAGAAGCCCGUGCAGCUAGAAAUGUCACAAAGGAGGGAUAA